CUGUCCGACUUAAUUUAGGGUCACCAACAGGACACUGUCACUGACAGUGAAAAACAUAAGAAUGUAUUUGAUUGCGCACAGUAAUAUUUUACAACAAUCCCCUCCAUUUGCUUUAAGGUACAUGCCCAGAAUUCUUGACAUGAAAAGCUGGCAAUCCUACUCAUACUGCAAGAAACCUGGACAAAGCCUAAAAUAAUGGAGUGAUAAAGGCCACAAAACAGCGGCAGAUUUUAAAUGUUGGACUUAGAGAAUUGCUAGAAUAACGGGAUUUGUUAGCAUGCGUUUUCUGAAGGAUAAAGUCUGAAACUCAAAUGUAUGUCAUUAUUUACUUAUUUCAGUCUUUGGUGGUUUGCCAGAAAACUCCAAUUUUUAUGAGUAACAAUAAUAUGAGGGAGAAAUCUGAACAGUUGAGAAUUAUUACCCUGUUGCACAGGGCCACAAUCGUUAUGCUGUUACAAAACCUAACGUCCGGAAGAGGUGAAUUUAAGCACAACUACAUUUCUGUGUGCAAGCAGCGUCAGAAAAGGAAAGUCUGUCUGCAAGGAUGACUUCCCUUUUUGCAUGCCAGCACUUUUUGUUAUGUUGUCGGAGAACAGCAGUAUGGCACUGGAUCUGUCAGCAUGUUCCAAAAACCUUGGCAUCACCUGAAGUAGUACCAAAGUGCAUGAGACCUUGUAAAAGUAUCUCACCACCAUACACUUCAUCCAACUUCAUCUUGACACCAAUAGUGAAAAAUCACUCUGGAGUAAGACACUUUCAUUCUGCUGCACAUUUAAGUUCCCAGGAUGUAGAACUCACCAGUAUACGGUAUGGUGUUCAGAGAUUGCCAUUCUCUUCACUGUCAGACAAAGAUCUAGAGUUCUUUGAAAGUGUGUUACCUGGCCGUGUUAUUACUGACGUGGAUAUCUUGGCUUCUUACAAUGUGGAUUGGAUGAAGUCUGUGCGAGGGUUCAGUAAAGUAUUAUUGAGACCCCAGACAACUGAAGAGGUUUCUCAUGUCCUCAGGUAUUGCAGUGAGAGAAAUCUGGCAGUAAAUCCACAAGGAGGUAAUACUGGCUUAGUUGGAGGCAGCGUUCCUGUGUUUGAUGAAAUCAUCCUUUCUACAACUCUUAUGAAUAAGGUUAUCAGCUUUGAUGAGGUUUCAGGGAUUCUCACCUGCCAAGCAGGCUGUGUUCUGGAAAACCUGAAUGAUUAUGCAGAGGAGCGGGAUUUCAUCAUGCCACUUGAUCUUGGAGCAAAGGGCAGUUGCCAUAUUGGAGGCAAUGUGGCCACUAAUGCAGGAGGAUUAAGACUUCUUAGAUAUGGUUCUUUGAGAGGGACAGUCCUGGGACUGGAAGUGGUUCUUGCUGAUGGUACGGUGUUGAAUUGCCUGACUCCACUCCGGAAGGACAACACAGGCUAUGAUUUGAAACAGUUGUUCAUUGGAUCCGAAGGAACUUUGGGAGUAAUUACUUCUGUAGCCAUUCUAUGUCCACGGAAACCACGGGCAGUAAAUGUGGCAUUUCUGGGUUGUGCAAACUUUAGUCAUGUCCUUCAGGUAUUCAAGAAGUGCAGAGGCAUGCUGGGAGAGAUUUUGUCAGCAUUUGAAUUUAUGGACGAAGAGUGCAUGAAUGCAGUGACCAAACACACACCACUCUCAAAUCCAUUGAAAGCAUCUUCAUUUUAUAUUGUAACUGAAACUUCUGGUUCAAAUGCUGUGCAUGAUGAGGCAAAACUCAAUGAUUUCCUGCAGGAAGCCAUGGAUUCUGAUCUUGUAACAGAUGGUACUGUGGCUACAGAAGAAACUAAAAUAAAGGCAUUGUGGUCACUUAGGGAAAGAAUAGCUGAGGCUCUCACACAUGAAGGCACUGUGUAUAAGUACGACAUCUCUGUCCCUGUGGAGCAUAUUUAUGAUCUUGUGCCAAUCUUAAGAACCAAACUAGGGAAGAAGGUCACAAGUGUGGUUGGCUAUGGACAUUUAGGUGAUGGUAACCUGCAUCUGAACGUCACAUCACGGAGGCAUGACAAUGCCCUACAAGAGUCAAUUGAGACCUAUGUUUACAAGUGGACUGCAGAUCACCAUGGCAGCAUUAGUGCAGAACAUGGACUUGGGUUCAAGAAAAAAGACUUCAUUUACUUCAGCAAACCAUUAGCAGCUGUCCAGAUGAUGCAGCAGUUUAAAGCAAUGCUGGAUCCAAAAGGAAUAUUAAAUCCAUACAAGACCUUGCCUUCAGAGCCCAAAUAAUACAACAUAAUUAAGCUUUCUGAUUUCUCUUGAGGAAAAUGGACAAAAAUAGUUGAUAAUGAGACUUAAACAAUUUUCAUUAUAUUCUUAGUGCCAGUGUGUAUUUUGCAAAUUACUUAAUUGUUGCCAAGCAGUAGAGUUGCUAGCCCAAUUUACCUCUGUGUGGCUUUCCUAAAAUGGAUGCCUCUACUUCAGGGUAUGUGAAGGAUUAAGAGCUAUGUUUUUUUUUUUGUGUGUGUUUUUUGGUAUAUUAAAACGAGUAUAUUUGAACAAAGCAUUGAAAGCUAUAUUUAACACUGUUUCCUACAUGUACAUCAAUAGGAAUGUUGCUAUAUUACAGGGAGGAGAUGUGUAAUCCCCAAGUGGUUAUUAAUGCUAUAUAAUCCCCCAAAAGCACUGCUUGAUGAGUUAAUGUCCAGUGCAAAUGCAUAUCUAUAGUUUUUAAACAUCUCUUUUUUUUUUCAGACAAGAAUUUACUAGCUAAAGUAUUUGUGUAAAACAAUGUAAAUAGUUAUAAAGUACUGUGGAUUACUUUCUAUUUGAAACUGUUGUAGUUCCCCAGGAAAAACACUAUUGACAUUUGCAUUCAUUUAGAAACAGUGCAUAAAAAUAUCCCUGUCACUAUUGUUGCAGUCCCACCCCUGCAUAUCAUCUUUAGUAAGAAACUGAUGUCACUGGAUAGUGAGUGGGACAGCACAAAGGCACAGUAACUUAGAAAAGUAGUUGUAUGAAUCUAAUUAAAACUUCAGGUUAGAAUGACAAAUUAAUAUUAUUUGCCUUACAAAGGGAUAAAAUGACUUCAGUUAUAUGACAGAGGGCGAGAAAUGGAAAUUAAUAUCACCAUAGUAAGGUUAUAUUUUUGUAUCAGAGAACAAAUGUAGCAAAGCUGUGUAGGUGCAUUUGAAGCAAAUGAAAAUGCAGUCUGAUUAGACUGGAAUGUGAGACUAAUUAGCAUAUCUGUUUCAGUGUACUCUACAUGCUUACUAAUUGUAAAUGAAUAUUCUGUCUGAAUUAACCAAGUAACUGUUCUGAACAGCUUGUUAGACUUUAACUGGACAGUUCAUGCUAAGUAGCCGUUGAAGCUAAUCCAUUGCCACUUUGAAGAAAUAUGUAAAGAAUUUUGCAUUCAUUAUAAAUAAUCAUGCUCUUGGUAACAUUGGUAUUACGUUUUGCAGCUGCCACGAUCCUUUAUUCAGUAUAAUUUUUGCAGUCUGAAUAAAGGCACCAAAAAGUGGGUUUAUUAUAAAGAUAGACUAAGGCAACUUUUA